AAUUUGUCAUCUUGCAACACGUUUGGCUCAAAAUUAACCUCAAAUUUGAAUUGGAUUAACCAAUAUUGCCUAAUUUCAUUUGUUAAUUGUUUAUAAUCAAUAUCUUCGUGUAUAUACUAAUAUAUAUAUAAAUUAAGGUCACUUGGUUAGCCAAAUUAUAACAAUGGCUUCUGCGCCUGAAAUGAGUGAGGCUGACCAAAUCAAAACAUUCAAAGACUUCCUGGUCCAGUACAAUAAGCUGUCUGAGCUCUGCUUCAAUGAUUGCGUACAUGACUUCACCUCCAGAACGCUCAAGCCUUCAGAGGACAAAUGUACACUGAAUUGUAUGGAGAAAUAUUUGAGGACAAAUCAGCGAGUGUCACAGAGGUUCCAUGAGUUCCAAAUGCUGGCUAAUGAGAAUAUGCUGGCUCUAGCACAGAAGUCGGGUCAAACUUAAGUUUAGUCAUUAACGAUACAUGGUGUAUUUAUUUUAUUUUGUUAUAGAUUUAUUGUCCUGAAUGUUAGAAAAAUAAAGUGUUGUUGAACAGA